AUGACGUCAUGUCCUGUCCUUUCACGGUCAACAGGAACUGGCCGUGGCAAUAAAAUCAGGAUGAAGACCACAAGGCUGCUGACCAUCUUCCUCCUCCAGCUGAUAUCCGCAACAACCCCGCUUCAGCUCAGCCUCCAGCCAGCAACCAGCAGCGACCACAGACCAUGUGCAACGUUCCUCGGAACCACGGCCGACGGAAACCACCACCUGUUCUCAUCCAACCCAGCCGACUGUCCCCACGCCGGCAAGCCCCCUGCCAUCGCACUGUCCUACCAACCCCUGGACGAUGGGCUGCUCUACUCUCUGGCGGUCGAUCGCAACGACCACGCCGGGAAACGAUUGCUGUCAAACCUCCUCGCUAGUCUCCAGCACACCAUCCACCCGGCCGCGCCUAGGAACCCUGCGCCCGGAUCGCCGUCUCAGUGGGUCUUGGAACCGCAGCAGCCUUCAGGAGUCCCCGCUCCAGGGGUCAGGAUCCUGCUUGAUGAGCCGGAAAAAUCAUCGGCCGUCUUGGUCGAGGUGUCUCUUGGAUCCGUCGGCCUCUUCUUGGAUCUCUUGCCCGCAGAGGUGGCCUCAGUGCGCCACCCAUCGAGCCCGACGGACAGCCCGGCACCGUCUCCGUUGGGACUCCAGGGAAGUAAGCUAGAUGAACGGCUGACAAGGCUUCACUACAGGCCCCAAAUCGACCAGAUCUUGGGCCUUAUGAGCGCCGACCAACUGCUCAAAGACAUCGAGACCCUCGGCGGGGAGGGAGCGGAUGGGGGCUGGAGGACCAGACACUCUUUCUCCGAAGGCGCGCUCCUGGCCGCACAUUGGCUCAAGGAGCGCUACCAGCGUCUCGGCGCACGCUGCCAGUUCGACCAUUAUCUCCCCGGCGUCGCGCCCAAUCUGAUAUGCAAACUCAGCACUCUGGGCCCCCCUGAUCCUCACCACCUCAACGACAACGAUGGUGGACGCGGCAUCGAGUCUGUCGUGCUCACGGCUCAUUACGACUCCCAAGGCUCGUUCGGCUCGAUUCGUGCUCCUGGGGUAGACGAUAACGCAUCAGGAUGUGCGGUUUUAUUAUCCAUCGCCGAAAUCCUGCAAGAAGAAGAAAGUAAAAACCUGAUUAGAGCGAUGGCGACCAACGAGAGUCCGGGGGUUGGACGCCGGAUCGAGCUAGUUUUCGUGCAUUUCUCCGGGACCGAACAAGGCCUAUUAGGCUCCCGAUCAGUAGCCGAGAAGUUCCGAGACGAAGCAGGCCCGGAAGCCGGCCGUCGACGGGCGAUCUUACUGCUGAUGAAUGUGGACAUGAUUAGUUAUAGGGUCAGAGGCGAGCCGGCUCAGAUCGGCCUUUCCACCCUGGGCCCGUCUCCAGAAUCGCUGGCGUUCAUCCGACGGGUCGCGAACCUAUAUGUACCCGAGCUACUCGUGGGCAACAGCACGAUUGGCCUCGCCGACGAAGCGCCGUUCCACGAGAACGGCUUUGCCGACGCGGUCCGGAUCUUCGAGCGCAUCGGCGACGCGAUCCGGAACCCGCAUCACUUGACAUCGUCCGACCGAUUCUCGCGGUUCUUCGACGAUCGUCCGGAGGAUGAUGAUGAUGAUGAUGAGGGGCAGGAUGGACCGGCUGGAGGAUCGUACGAUGUCCUGCAAAUGACACUCAUCGCUAAAGUCGUCCUGGCGAGCGUGCUGCAGCUACUGUUCCCUUGA